CGCUAUCAAAAGCUCGUAAUCGGAGCGGGCUACUUUGGUUCCUUUUGUGAGGGUGACAUGGACAUAAUACUGUCGGUUGCUACGCAACUCGGACCGGUACUCGAAGAAUUAGUGUCCGGUGUCUUAUCAACCAAAGUUUUACGCAAAAUUCUCUCAAAAUGUCCACGUCUCAAGAAGGUAAAACUUUAUCGUUUAAAAAACUACAGUUUGCCUAUUCUGAGGGAUUUGGAAGAACUAGAGAUUGUAGAUGGUGCACAUACUGACAUUGUUCGCCUAGCUCCAAAUCUCCGAAAGCUUCGCGUUCGCUGUAACUUACAUUUAGCACUAGCGGUUAUUGAGGAAUUACCAUUGGAGCAUCUGGAGUGCAAUUUGCCAAUCAAGGUUAAUCACCAUUUAAGAUAUUUGUCAAAAGAAACUAGGCUUACAACGCUAGUACUGUGCGAAAGUAUAAUUGUGCAAGAAGAUUUAGUACAACUAUGCAAAUCAUGCCCGCUGUUGAUAAAAUUAUGGUUUAAUACCACGUGGAUCACCUCACUGCAUUGUUUAGCAACUCUGAAGCACCUUAAGGUCAUUAGUUUUGGAAUUGAGAGUACAUUACACACAGAAAGUGAUCUCGUUUUGCCAAACAUUGAAAUGCUUGUUUUGAGCUCGAAUAGGCCAAUUCAUUUAAGUGAUAGUAUGCGCCACGUGUUUCCUAGCGUUCACUUCUUGCGACUGAAUAGCCUGCGAACCUUCUACAGCCCGGAUCAGUUCCGGCUCGGCGAGGCUUUCCCUCAGCUGGUAAGACUGGAGCUUAAUUCGUUAGUCUACGAUACACAUCUGGAGUGUAUGAUCGAGAAGUCGACGCAACUGGCCACGCUACGUGAACUUGCCGUUGACCAGGUGAAAUUCAAGGAACUGACCGCCGUAAGUCGGCAACAGCUGCAACGGUGUCAGAUAGCAUAUUCCAGCAGGAUGAAAGACCUGUUUGACACAUUCUGGUAAAU